GGUUUUACAAAUUAGGGUUUAUCUUCUUCCUCGUCCCAAACCCUAACAAUCCACCAAAUCCCUCCCAACAAUGGCGAGGCCCCGAUCCCUCCUCUCCACCGCCUAUCGAUUCCGGUUCUCCGAUCGGAGAAAAGGGCCCGUUUUCGCCCCCUUUAAUCGGAAUUUCUCAUCGGAUAAACCCCUGGAACCGAUCGGAAACCCUAAGGAGGGUUUGAGAGCGAUUGUCGACGAGCUCUGCGGCGUCCUCGAUCGCGCCGGGGGGGGCGGCGGCGGCGGCGGCGGCGGCGGCGCCUGGGGCCCGAAGCUGGAGCAGGCCCUCGCUUCGAUCCAUCCGAAACCCUCGCCGGAGAUCGUCGUUCCCGUGUUGAAGCGGCUCAAAGAUCCGAUCUUGGCCGUCGGUUUCUUCCGAUGGGCCGAAACGAUCAUCGGCGAGCCGCACGGCCCCGACGGCUACAAUUCUCUGCUCCAUUUGAUGGCCAGUUGUGGAAAGUUUGAUUCUUUGGAGAAGUUCUUCGAGGAGAUGAGCAUUCUCGGAUACGGGCUAUCGAACAAUGUUUGCGUCGAUCUUGUCGGAGGCUUAGCGAAGGCUCGGAGAUUAAAGGAGGCUGCGGAAUUGAUUCGAACAAUGCGGAGGUUCAAGUUCCGGCCGGCAUUUUCGGCGUACACUACUUUGAUCGGAGCCCUGGCCGAUGCCCAUGAGCCCGAUUUGGCUCUCUCGAUGUUUCAUCAAAUGCAGGAGAUGGGUUACGAAGUGAAUGUUCAUCUGUUCACGACUUUGAUCCGGUUGUUUGCGAGAGAGGGGAGGCUUGAUUCGGCCUUGUCCUUGUUGGAGGAGAUGAAGAGCAAUUCUCUCACUGCCGAUCUCGUGCUUUACAACGUCUGCAUAGACUCUUUCGGUAAGGUGGGAAAGGUCGAUAUGGCGUGGAAGUUCUUCCACGAAUUGAAAGCGCAGGGAUUGCGUCCCGACGACGUGUCGUAUACUAGCAUGAUUUGGGUUCUUUGUAGAGCCCUGCGAUUAAGCGAAGCCGAGGAGCUUUUUGAGCAGAUGGAGAGCGAACGGAGUGUUCCGUGUGCUUAUGCUUACAACACGAUGAUUAUGGGUUAUGGGUUGGCGGGCCGGUUCGACGACGCUUACAAGCUAUUGGAGAGGCUAAGGGAGAAGGGAUGCAUUCCUUCUGUCGUGGCGUAUAAUUCGAUUCUCACUUGCCUCGGGAAGAAAGGGAAGGUCGACGAGGCUCUUAAUGUAUUCGAGGAGAUGAAGAAGGACGCGGAGCCCAAUCUCUCGACUUACAACAUUAUUAUUGAUAUGCUUUGUUUAGCGGGAAAAAUCGAAGCGGCCUAUGAAGUAAGAGAUGCCAUGGAAAAAGCUGGCUUGUUUCCUAAUGUCUUGACGGUGAACAUAAUGGUAGAUCGGUUGUGUAAGAUAGAUAAGAUUGACGAAGCCUUUAAAAUAUUCGAAGGAAUCACUAACAAGAAGGGAUGCGGUCCGAAUUCCGUGACUUAUUGUUCGCUUAUUGAUGGACUAGGCAAGAAGGGCAAGGUUGAGGAGGCCUAUAGGUUGUUCGAAAAAAUGUUGGAUGCCGGUCACAACCCUAAUGCGGUUGUGUAUACUUCUCUAAUACGAAACUUCUUCAAAUACGGAAGGAAAGAGGAUGGGCAUAAGAUAUUCAAAGAGAUGAAUCGUCGAGGGUGUAACCCUGAUGUUACCCUUUUCAAUACGUAUAUGGAUUGUGUUCUCAAGGCAGGGGAGAUCGAAAGGGGUCGUGAAGUAUUUGACGAAAUCAAAGCUCGCGGGCUCUCGCCUGAUGUGCGAAGCUAUUCUAUUCUUAUUCAUGGCCUAACGAAAGCUGGGCAUGCUAGGGAGACCUACAAAUUGUUUUACGACAUGAAAGAUCAGGGCUUUGUACUUGAUAUCCGUGCUUAUAACGCAGUUAUUGAUGGGUUUUGCAAGUCGGGGAAGGUGGAUAAAGCUUAUCAACUUUUGGAGGAGAUGAAGUUAAAGGGCCUUCCCCCUACCGUGGCUACCUAUGGAUCCGUUAUUGAUGGCCUUGCGAAGAUUGACCGGCUUGAUGAGGCUUAUAUGCUAUUCGAAGAAGCAAAAUCGAAAGGUAUUGAAUUGAAUGUCAUCAUAUAUAGUAGCCUAAUUGAUGGGUUCGGGAAAGUAGGGAGGAUAGAUGAAGCUUAUUUAGUUAUGGAGGAGAUGAUGCGGAAGGGCUUAACUCCCAAUGUGUACACAUGGAAUAGCUUGAUUGAUGCUCUAGUGAAAGCGGAAGAGAUUAGUGAAGCUCUAGUGUGUUUUCAAACGAUGAAGGAGAUGAAAUCCGCGCCCAAUACCUACACUUACAGCAUUCUCAUUAACGGUCUUUGUCGAGUUCAGAAGUUCAACAAAGCUUUCGUGUUUUGGCAAGAAAUGCAGAAGCUAGGUUUUGCUCCGAACGUAGUCACGUAUACAACCAUGAUAUCAGGCUUAGCGAAGGUGGGAAAUAUAUCAGAGGCGCAUAAUCUGUUCGAGAGGUUUAAGGCUAAUGGCGGAGUUCCGGAUUCAAUUAGUUUUAAUGCUCUUAUAGAAGGCAUGAGCAAUGCGAAUAGGGCACUGGAUGCUUAUCGUGUAUUUGAGGAGACCCGCUCAAGGGGGUGUAAAGUUAAUGCGAAGACUUGUAUUGUCCUUCUGGACGCAUUGCAUAAGGCUGAAUGCCUUGAGCAAGCGGCAAUUGUCGGUGCUGUCUUGAGGGAGAUGGCUAAAUCCCAACAUGCUUCUAGAUCCUUGUAGAAUGUGGAAUGAGUUACUUCAGCGGAGAUUAACGGCUAACUCCCGGUUGCAUCAAACCGAGAGAAGAUUCUUAGAGUGGUAUUGGCAAAAGGAGACUAGCUCCAGAUGUUGAUUUGGAAGCAACUGCAAUAUAAUUGAUGGAUCAUCAGGAAAUCACUUGAA